UCUAAAUGCCUUUGUUUACCAGGUUCUACCACAGAGCUGGGAAGGAGGAGUAUAGAGCGCCGCCCGGGUAUAUUAGAGAUAUAUAAGGAUAGAGCGGUGUAAUCUCCUGGCCUGGAGAGAGCUGUAUACGCAGGCAAGAUACAACUCAGAAAAAGAUACCAGAAGGAGCCAACAAAGAUCAAGAGUGUUAUAUAUGCAGUGUGGUGGAUCGAUCUGGAUCUGUCCAACUCAGUGACUGCCUUGGCUGGAGCGAUUAUGGGUUCCUACGAGGCUCUUACUAACACUCUCUACAGAUUUAUAGCUGUUCCCCGUGCUAGGUGUGAGGAGCUAAUGUCCCUGUUCUGAUAUAUCACUACCACCCCAAGAAGACGACAAUAUGGAGGUCAGUAAGAAGCUUCUGAACUCUGUUCCUGGCUGUGUUGAUGAUGUCCUUCAUGGCCUGACAUCUUGCUCUCCGGGACUCAGUUUACUUCAAGGACAUCGCGUCAUAUUGCGUGCAGAUCUUGAUCGGGUUAAGGGACGCGUAGCGCUGUUGUCUGGAGGGGGCUCAGGACAUGAACCAGCACAUGCAGGGUAUGUUGGUCAGGGUAUGCUCACUGGGGUCAUUGCUGGUCCUGUCUUCACAUCACCUCCAGUUGGAAGCAUUGUAGCAGCAAUCAGGACAGUAGUCCAGGCAGGAGCAGCUGGGGUUCUGUUACUGGUGAAAAAUUACACAGGUGACCGCCUAAAUUUUGGUUUAGCUCUUGAGCGUGCAAGGACAGAUGGGGUGAACGCAGAAAUGGUGGUGAUUGCAGAUGACUGUGCUUUCUUCUCGCCCCGCAAGGCUGGACGCCGCGGUCUGUGUGGAAUCAUACUGAUUCAUAAGAUUGCUGGAGCUCUAGCAGAAGAAGGAAAGAGUUUGCAAGAAAUUGCUUCAUUCAUCAAAACCGCUGCAGCAGGAAUUGGUACACUGGGAGUCAGUCUUUCACCAUGCAGUGUGCCCGGCUCUGGACCAACUUUUAAGCUUGGCUCUGAUGAGAUUGAACUGGGACUAGGUAUACACGGAGAAGCCGGAGUACAAAGAUACAAGAUGAUGUCUUGUGAUGAAGUUGUAAAGAUCAUGAUUGAUCACAUGAAUGAUCCAGCCAACAAGUCAAGAGUGGACGUACAGUCAGGAGACUCCAUUAUAUUAAUUGUGAAUAAUCUGGGAGGUCUAUCCUGUCUGGAGCUACAGAUAGUAGCCAGCUCGGCUGUGAGGUUUCUAGAGGGUCGGGGUCUACACAUAGAGAGAGCAAUGACUGGAUCCUUCAUGACCGCUCUAGAGAUGAGUGGCGUCUCCCUCACCCUCAUGAAGAUAUCAUCCGAAAUCCUGCAACUCUUUGACAAGGACACAUCAGCCCCUUCUUGGCCUCGAGUGCCACAUGUUCCGGUAACAGGUCGGACACGCACCUUCCCAUGUGCUCCUGAAAGCCCACCGCCAAAGGAGUCUCAUCCUGAUGUUAAGAGCGUGCAGGUGUACAGCCGCGUACUAAGAUACGUGUCCAGCUCCCUUCUCUCGCUGGAGGAGGAGUUAAAUGACCUGGACCGGGCCGCUGGGGAUGGGGAUUGUGGAAGCACACAUGCAAGAGCAGCCAAUGCCAUCAAUGACUGGAUAAGCAGCGGACAGAUUCCCUCUCACCCAUCGCGGUUUCUUGCAGCAUUGUCAAACAUACUACUGGAGAAGAUGGGGGGCACUUCAGGAGCGCUGUAUAGUCUCUUCUUAAUGGCCGCCGCACAACCUUUGCAUGAUCAAUCUGGACCCCAGGCAUGGGCAGCAGCAAUGGAGGCUGGGAUAGAGGCUAUGAAGAGAUAUGGAGGAGCAGAGCCUGGUGACCGGACAAUGUUGGACUCCCUGUUUUCUGCCAAUGUUGUCCUGCAGUCUCUGCGCACCCCAAACUCUAAUGCAAUGGAGAUUCUUGGCCGCGCAGUAAAGAGUGCUUCUGAUGCUGCAGAAGAGACAAAACACAUGACAGCUGGAGCGGGCCGGGCCAGUUACAUAGGUUCAUCCACUCUAAGUCGCCCAGAUCCAGGAGCCAAAGCUGCAGCUGCUAUCUUACAAGCAAUAUGGGAUGGUCUGAAGGACGGUUACUGACAUAGAAGCUGCUUGUUAUACUGAUAUCUUUCCCAUUAGAUCAGAAGUAGAAUAUGUCAUUUUGUCUUUCUCCUAAGAGCUCAGUAAUGCAAUGUAUCUAACCUUCAUUUAUACCUCUUUGUUUUUUGAUAUUCUACUAGUAGGUAUGCUUCGCUUCUUCACCUCCCUAGUGUCUUUUCUUACUUUUGCACCAUUCAGAUGAGCUUGUAUAAACCUGUACUGAAGCUGAAGUGCAUACCUAGUGAGUUAUCAAUCAUACUCUUCUGACUGAUUUAGUUACCUGAUAAGUGGCUACCAGUAUCCGGAUCCACCCUCACAGAACCUGCAUUACAAUUUAAAGGGGUACUCCACUGGAAAAAAAUAUUUUAAUCAACUGGUGCCAGAAAGUUAAACAGAUUUGUAAAUUACUUCUAUUUAAAAAUCUUAAAGGGGUACUCCGCUGCUCAG